CUAAAAUCCCCAACUAAUGUUAAGGAAAAUCAACCGAUGCACCUCUAACUCCUCUAUGGUUAACAAGGAAAAAGCCAAAAAGGUAUUAUAUUUGCCAUAGAAAAAGAGGAACAAGUAACCAACUUCAGUUGUAUAACAUCAAACGGCCAAGAAAAAGAAAGGGGGAAAAAAUUUAUCAAACACACACCAAAGCCUACUUAAAUUUGGUUCAAGUUACUAAAAACACACAAACAUACUAAUUUUGGCUCCAAAACUUCUAUGACCAAUAUUCCAUUGACAUCAAAAUGUCAUAUCCUCCCUAUAUCCCUUCCUCCAUCGUCUCAAGUACCUCCCUCCAAUCCAAACAUAAACAUGCCAUAAUCAUAAACCACCAAAAAAACCAAUCUUUUCCAUUGUUACACAAACCCAGCAAACUUAUUUCUAUGAUCAUAUUUUGAGAUUCAAAUGUUGCCACACACAGCAUUGGUUCUUGCAUUUUCUAUCCUACUCUCCCUUCCUGUGAUCGUCAUUCUUGGGCCCACAGUCUUAACCCAAAGCCACCUCCAUCUCCCAUUCUCCCCACAAGACGAACUUGACGACCUCUCCCUCUUCACGCUCGCUUCCACGUUCCACCACCACGCGCCACCCCAACACAAACCUUCUAGAAUCUUCCAAUUCUCCUAUCAAACCAAACCAAAGCCCAAGAUCGCAUUCCUCUUCCUCACCAACACCGACCUCCACUUUGCCCCUAUAUGGAACCUCUUUUUCCAUGACCAACCCACCAACCUAUAUAACAUCUACAUCCACAAAGACCCUUCCGUGAACCUCACGCGCCCCGUCGAGGGAGUUUUCAAGAACCGUUUCAUCCCUUCCAAGAAAACUGCACGCGCCUCGCCAACCUUAAUAUCCGCCACGCGCCGUCUCCUCGCCCACGCGCUCCUCGAUGACCCUGACAACGCGUACUUCGCACUCCUCUCGCAGCACUGCAUCCCUCUCCACUCCUUCCCUUACGUCUACCGCUCCCUCUUUUUCUCCACCACGUUCGACUCGCCCGGGUUGACCCGACCAACUCAGACUCACCGGAGCUUCAUCGAAAUCCUCACCCAUGCGCCGAGACUCUGGAACCGAUACAUCGCGAGGGGCAGGUUCGCGAUGCUUCCGGAGGUGAAGUACGAAGACUUCCGAGUUGGAUCGCAGUUCUUCACGCUCACGCGCCCCCACGCGCUUCUGGUCGUGAGGGACCGCGCGUUGUGGAGAAAAUUUAGAAGUCCUUGCUACAAGAAGGACGAGUGUUAUCCAGAGGAACACUAUUUUCCUACGUUGUUGUCAAUGAUGGAUCCUGAGGGCUGCACCAAUUAUACGUUGACACAUGUCAAUUGGACAGGGACUAAAGGUGGACACCCUUAUACUUAUAAGCCCCAGGAGGUUUCCGUUGAACUGAUUAGUCGAUUGAGGGAAUCAAAUUUCUCUGAAUCUUACCUCUUCGCGAGGAAGUUCACCCCUGAUUGCUUACAACCCCUGUUGUAUAUUGCAAUGGCCAUUUUCAAGGACUAAAAUUCAUUAAGAUCAUCCUACAUGGUGGAAUUUCAGUGAAGACAGGAGGAUAUGUAGCUAAAUGGAAUUGAUGCAUAUUGUUCAUAGUCCCUAUUAAACUUUCUUGGGGGCAUAUAUAUAUAUAUAUGGUACGAAGAGGCUUAUCCCUCUGGAACUCUUAACAACGACAGAAAAAUACACAUGCAACAUAACAUGGAAUUAUAUUAGAAU